CGAGAAAGGGCAGUACAAUUAAUUAUCUUUCGUUAUAUGGUUCAGUUGGUGUUAUUCCUCAUUCAUUUUUAACAUCAUUCACCAAUUUAAAAGAUUUAACAAUUUAUUAUGAUUGUGAAAGUUGUGAAGAGGUUAAAGAAUUCCAGAAAUAUUUGGCAAAAUCGAAUUUUCCAGAACUUCAGUUCCUUGAAAUUGACGAUGGCUCAGCAUGCUUUAAGGAAUUGGCAAUGUUAAUUGAAAAAACAAAAGGGUGUAUUACGGAUAUUUCUGUUUAUACAUCUAGUAAAUCUGAGAAUACAGGAAUGUUACUUAAAGCAAUUUCUAAUCAUUGUCCGAAUAUUAAGAACUUAAAUACACAUAUUGGAUCUAGAGAUUUGGUUUAUGUAAAAUCCAUAUUAAUGAAUUGUGGAAAUUUAACAAGUUUAUGUCUUAAUAGCUUUGAAAAUAGUGAUAUAUUAGGAGAUGAAUUGUUAGAGAUUUUAACUAGAUAUUCCCCAAAAGAUUUAACUGAUAUAACAAUUAGCGGGUAUUUGGAAUAUUCUAUUAAUGCCUUUAUAAAAUUUUUUGAUAGUUAUAAGGGGCGUAGAUUACUUUAUUUUUAUAUCAAUAAUUAUAAUAGAGAGCGCAUUACAUCAGGACAUUUAGAAGUUGUUAACAAAUACCAUAGCGAUGGGAUAAUUAUAAGUUCAAAUCUUUUACUUUACGAUCAUCUUUAACUUGGUUUAUAGCGAACUUCUCAUCACAUUAUUACGUUUAACUCUUCAAAUAUCCUUCUUUAUUAUAAAAAAGCUGGGUAAAAUCAGUAGUUAUAUUGAGGUAUUUUUAAUAUAAAUAAAUUUGUUUUAUUAGCUAACGAUGAU